GUUUACAUUCUGUUCUCGACAUCGCGUUGAUUGUAGGGAACCAUUACGUUCGUCUACGGUUUGCAUCGUGCCAUAUUCCCGCUCGCGUCCCGAUACUAACAACAUUUUCGUAGUUUUAAGUGAAAUAUUAUGAGAGUGAAGACCGAAAUGGACGACGAUGAGAAGGGUAAGCUGUUUGUUGGUGGUUUGUCUUGGGAGACAACACAAGAGAAUCUUCAACGUUAUUUCGGCCGUUAUGGCGAAGUAAUUGACUGCGUUGUUAUGAAAAACAGUGAGUCUGGUCGCAGUCGUGGUUUCGGCUUUGUAACAUUUAGUGAUCCAGCUAAUGUACCAUUAGUUCUUCAAAAUGGUCCGCAUCAACUUGAUGGGCGCACAAUUGAUCCCAAACCAUGCAAUCCACGAACUCAACAAAAGCCAAAACGCAGUGGGGGCUUUCCAAAAGUUUUUCUCGGUGGUUUACCAAGUAACGUGACAGAGACUGAUUUGAGAUCAUUCUUUACACGUUUUGGUAAAGUUAUGGAGGUGGUUAUAAUGUAUGAUCAAGAGAAGAAGAAAUCAAGAGGAUUUGGCUUUCUCAGUUUCGAGGAUGAAGAUGCUGUGGACCGCUGCGUUGCAGAGCAUUUCGUCAACUUGAAUGGAAAACAGGUUGAAAUCAAACGUGCUGAACCACGAGAUUCUUCUAGUAAAAUGAAUGAUAGUCAUCAAGGACAAUGGGGACCACCUCAACAAGGUGGACCUCCAAUGGGAAUGGCUGGAAAUAUGGGACCUAUGGGUGGUCCAAAUGGACAAAUGGGAGGACCUAUGAUGGGAGGUCCAAUGGGUCCACCAGGAAACAUGAUGCAGCAAUAUCAAGGAUGGGGUACUAGUCCUCAGACUGGAGGUUAUGCUGCUGGAUAUACAACUCAGUAUAAUUCUCAGGGCUGGGGUGCUCCACCUGGUCCUCCUCAACAGCAACAAAUUCCACCGCCACCACAUCAUCAGUGGGGCAGUAGUUAUAAUGUACAGCCUGCAGCAGCCACUCAAGGUUAUGGUAGUUAUGGUGGGCCGGCGGCGGCCGCUUCAGGGGGCUAUGGGCCCACAGCGGGUACUGGCGGGGCUGCGGGGGGCGGGCCCGGGGGUUCCUGGAACUCCUGGAAUAUGCCACAAAAUGGUCCCCCUCCUGGAACUCAGCCACCACCUCAACCUCCUCAGCCUAACUCCUCGCAGCCCAACUCGAAUUCGAACCCCUCUGGCCCGCAGGGUGACAUGUACUCACGACAGACCACCGGUUCAGGUGCACCUGGGUCCAGUAGCAGUUCAGCUAAAACUCCGGAUUAUACUGGCUAUUCUGCAUAUGGUAAUUACGCUGACACCAGUUAUCCUCAGCGUUCGUAUCAAGGAGGAGAAAGCAACCAAGGUGGGUAUGCCGCCAGCGCCCCUAAACCCCAGCAAGGCUUUGAUUUCAAAGAGUGGCCCACCUCAUGACCAUUUUAAUUGAUACGCGAUGGAGAUAUGCGCUGAAUGGCUUGGCCUUGCUCGUGGGUUAUUUCAUAUUACAUUUUCAGAGAGACACCAAACAAAAAAAGAAAAAGAAAAGCAUACAAUAUUGCGCAUUGAUCGUGAGAGUCUGUGCUCGAAUCUUGGGACAUUCUUUGGGUCUAUUUAUAUUUGACGGAUUUUAUUUUCAGCACCCUUGAUGUUCGAUUAUUUCGAGCAAUUCCCGAGCAAUUUGAUACUAUUACUUUUUUUUCCCCUAAGAAUUAAUUCUUAAUGAUAUUAUUGUGUUUUUCAUAUCAAUGAUGUCGUAUUGUCUAGAUUAAUUUAUUUGUCGUUCCAUUUUAUUUGAACGCUCUCGAGAAUCUACGAAAGAAUCGUUCGUACAAAGAAUGUCUCGAUUGAGCCAGUAUGUCGUUCGCGAGCGGUCGUAUUUUCCAGUCUUUUAACGUUCUUGAUAAACGAUAAUAAUUUUCCUAACACAUCUUCUUUCCGAUAUACUCGUGUAAAAGAAUAAAAUGCGUCUGCCCAAGUUUCGUAAAACGGAAGUGUCAAGAAAACCAGAAUGUUAGGUUUCAAAGAAUAAUUUUAUUGAUCGCUCGCGGGAACGGCCCAUGAUCUUGUUGGGUUUCAAAAGUACACUUGGAAACAAUUGAAACCCACAUUGAGAACUAAGACAUAAGCUGAAAGAGAUAGAAAGCAUUAAAAAAAAAAAAAAAAAAAAAAAAAAAAAAAAAAAAAAAAAAAAAAAUAAA